CGACAAAGGGAGAAGGAGCAAAUGAACGCGGCUCAGCUGCUCGUGUUGACGGCAGCUAGCAGCUGACGGCGAGAUCUGGCAAGAUCUGCCAGGCGCCUGCAGGAUGGUGUAUCUUGAGGACUUCGAUGAGUUCCAGAGCGCAGCGCAGGAGCUCUUCGCCAAGAACUCGGGACACAGACAGGUGAACGAACGCACUCACAGCGUCUGCCGCCAGACACAACUCUGUGCUGCCUGGCCUGGCUUGGCUUGGCUUGUUCAGGUACGUUAUCAGGUCAAGUAUCGCCACUGCGACGGCAAGGUGGUCCUCAAGGUCACUGACGACCGAGUGGUCAGCCAGUGCCUGCCACGCACCAACCAAGGCAGUCAGCCAGCCAGCGGUCUCUCUGUGUGCGUGGGGGUGACUGUGACUGUGACUGUGUGUGUUCCCCCAGUGUUUGAAGUACAAGACGGACCAGCUGACUGACAUGCGGCGGAUAGAGCGCCUCACUGUCCUCUUCAUGCGAUGGACCACGUUCAAGGACGUACAGAAGGCCGACCAACUACCCACAGAGCUUGAAGGUACACAAACACACAAACACACACACAGAGGGACGGACGGACGGACUGACACAACACAAGGACCACCAGGAGAGCCGCAGUCUGCCCAAAUGUGUCUGUCCUGUGAUUGUCAUGUUGUCUGUCUGUGUCGCUUGCAGAGUCAGGCGAGGCAGCGGCAGCCGCUGGCGGGAGGGCACAGAAGAAGAAGAAGCGGCGAGGCUGACCUGACAUGACCAGCCUGCAGCCAGGCUGGUGCCUGCCUGCCUGCCUGCCUCGACGUCGUUGCUUGGUUGGCUGAUUGAGUUGUGUCCUUAUCGACUGACUGGCUGAGCGUGCCGCCCAAAGCUGCACGUAUGCCUCGCUUGCUUUUAUGUAGAGUGCGGGCGCGAGGCGGGAUGAAUGGAUAUGGGUGGACACUGCCUGCCUGUGUGCAUACAAACAUGCAAUUAGUUUCCUGCGUGUCAGCCA